UUCAACAAAUAAAUUUCCCUUAAGGGGUUCUCUUAUUUUUAAAAGCUGCUUAAACUUAGAGUAUAGCAAUAUCCAGAAAAUGGUUUCUCUUAUUUUAAAAAGCUGGCUUAAACUUACAGAGAACGUAAGGAACUCGUUUUGGUCGGAACUUUAUCACCACGAGUCCGUAUAAAGCGGGUCUGUACAGCGAGGGACUGACUGUAGCUCAUUUUGAUUUGUGAUUUCUUUGGAUUAGAAAAGCUCUUCCUUUCAUUAAUCAAACAAUGGCAUGUGGUUUUGGUCUUGUCUUUAAACAAAUGUGGAACACUUUGAUUCUCUGCACGCAACUCAACUGGAAAGAAGUCAAAAUUGAUCGAAAACACCUCGGCUUCAAGGCGUUGCGUCUAGUACGCCGAAAUAACACACAACGACCUGAGCUAAUCAACAGCAAGAGAUCAGAGGAGCUCUAGAGCAAACAACGACUCGAGCUUAUCAACAGCAAGAGAUCAGAGGAGCUCUAGAGCAAACAACGACUCGAGCUUAUCAACAGCAAGAGAUCAGAGGAGCUCUAGAGCAAACAACGACUCGAGCUUAUCAACAGCAAGAGAUCAGAGCAACUCUAGAGCAAACAACGACUCGAGCUUAUCAACAGCAAGAGAUCAGAGCAACUCUAGAGCAAACAACGACUCGAGCUUAUCAACAGCAAGAGAUCAGAGCAACUCUAGAGCAAACAACGACUCUAGCUUAUCAACAGCAAGAGAUCAGAGCAACUCUAGAGCAAACAACAACUCGAGCUUAUCAACAGCAAGAGAUCAGAGCAACUCUAGAGCAAACAACAACUCGAGCUUAUCAACAGCAAGAGAUCAGAGCAACUCUAGAGCAAACAACGACUCGAGCUUAUCAACAGCAAGAGAUCAGAGCAACUCUAGAGCAAACAACGACUCGAGCUUAUCAACAGCAAGAGAUCAGAGGAGCUCUAGAGCAAACAACGACUCGAGCUUAUCAACAGCAAGAGAUCAGAGGAGCUCUAGAGCAAAACCAUGGCCUGAAUCAAUCAGCGCGCAAGGGCUUGGGGGAACUCUCAACGGCAAAACAAUAUAUCAAGCCAAUCAUUGUCUUUCGAUAAUUGCUCAUAACACCUCGUCUAGUAAAGGGGUGUAACACCUAUAUGCUUUAAGGGUGCGUUUCAAAAAGGCGCAACCUAUGGAAAAAAGGCGCAGUUCCUAAUAGGAUAGAAUGAGUCUCAAUACUCAUAUGAGCCUGGCCGGUCCGGGGAUCGUCCAAGCGUCACCCUUACUAACACUAACUAACGUAAAAAUAGACAAGGAAAAAGAUUGAAAUAUUCCUUUAUAAGAUAUAACAAUAUCCAGAAAACGGAACCAUCAAGAAUACCACACAAGUGGUAACCUAAAAUAGGCAACUGAAGAUUAAACUUUCUUUAUCAGGUAUUGAAAUAACGAUGGAUCCCACACAAAUGGGCAACGAUAAAAAACAUAACUAACAUAAAAAUAGGCGAAAGGAGAAGAUCAAAGUUCCUUUGUCAGGUACGGCGAUAUCAGGGAAACCCAAUUUGAGUACUGGAGCACAUUUGGGCCCCCAUAUAUACCAUGUGGAGCAUUAAACGGCGAGCCUACACAUUCAUCUAAUCUCUGUCUAUACGACUGGAUGUAAAGGCUAUGUUAAGGCUACAUAUCAAAAUAGCAGUUUUCAGGUUCUUAGAAUCGCCUAGAACAAACCAAACGCACUCGACCUUUGAACGGUGUGAUAUGCAAGUACUUAACUUAGUUAGUAGGGUCAGGAUCGCUAUUUCUUGCUAGAAUUGCGCGAGAGAGAUUGAUUCAAUAAAUCACUGGAGUGUGUGAACGUGACUAUUGCAAUUCAAAGCAGAUUAACAUUUAGCAAGCCCCCGCCUGGAAUGGCCUCCGCAUCUUACUCCCUCGAACUAACGCACUACACGAGAUCCGGCGAGUGUGGUCGUCAUGACGACAUAGAUAGAGUGAUUAUCUUAGGGUCUUCAUAUAUAAUCGCUCGCUCGGACAAGCUAAUCGGACAGGCAAGCUUCACUAUUUACUAAACACAUCCCUCAGGACAGACUGUAUACCAAAAAGAUUGAUGGACAAGCUUUUGAUUAUUUUAGUUGUCUUGCAUUUUGGGAGCCACGUCAUGGCAAGAGUUUUCUGGGAAACCGUCAAACCGUUCGAGUCACGUUUACAAUACGUCCCUCCGGCAAAAGUGACCGCCCAAAAGAUGUCAGAAUACCUUUUCCAUCGCCACGGGGCAGACCGACUCGCCAAGCGAGAUGUCCACUACCCGACCGACGUCCUCAUUAUCAUCGACUCGUCUAAGUCCGUCCCCGAGCGGAACUUCACGCAGGGUCUGAGAGCCCUUCAAGAACUUGUCUUCCGCUUCCCAACCGACACGAACUUCGCAGCUAUAACGUACUCAACUGACGCUCAAGUCAACUUCCAAUUCGUGUCAGCCACGAAGGCACUGGACCAACUAAUCCAAAUUCAGUACAACGCUGGCUUCACCAACACCCAGGCAGCGCUAAGGAAGGCCAGGAAAAUGUUCCUGUCCAGGAAAUCUGGAAUUCGCUGGGAUGCGUACAAAGCGGUCUUCAUCUUGACAGAUGGCCAGUCGAAUAUCAAGAAGAAGCAGACCUUAUACCGGGCUCAACUGCUGAAGCAGCUCGGGAUUACGAUCUACGUGAUGGCCGUGGGUGAGCGAAUACAAGGGAUCACCGAGCUAGCCAUGCUAGCUACAUCAACAAGUAACCACUUGUACCGAGUGGCCGAAAUGGACGGCUUCAUGGGCGUGAUAACGACGAUUACAAGGGACCAGGGGUACAGUGGUACCCCAGACAUCACCAAAAUGUAACUGCCAUUAUAAUGGGACUUUAAGUAAUCUGCGAACUCACGAGAGAAAACUCAAAGAGAGAAAAUAUCAAUCAGACGGUGGAAAAUGUGUUACAAUGUGUUAAUUCAAUUUUUGAUUGACGGAAGUGAGAAGCUGUUUUAUCUUGGCAAGAGUUUUCAGAAUACUGAAGAAAUCGCAGAAAUGGUUUGGGAAACUGUAAGGUUGGCAUUCAUAAUAGGACUAAAACACGCAAAGUGAAUUUUUUUAAUCCAUACAUUCGAAAUUAAUACAGAACAUGUAUUGAUUUUUAUUUACAAUAAGGUGAGCAUAGAGAAACUAAAUCUAUGAUGUGCAUUGUGUAAAUCGGUCAUAUAAUGUGAUUGGUUUGAAAACACUUUCUUGAAAAUAGUCUCAAAAGUCAUUAUUCGAAAGUUCUUUCUUCGAAUUCUUUUCUGCGAAAAAAAUACGCCGGGAAGGGCUUCCGAGUAUGUAAAUAGCAUGUAAACAGUCAAAAAUGCUAAGCCAUGGGCGUAAAUGACGUUUACCUGUGUAAGGAAGUAAGCAAGCGCAAAUGGAAUGUUAUCUGAUAACGAGCAUUCCGUCUCUACUUUCGACAAUUAUUGCAAGUUUUGUGCCACUUUGGAAUGUUUUAUAGACAAAUAAAAGUACCCUGGGGUCCAGAGGCUUAAAGUCCUCCUUACCCACCCCCUGUCAGUAGCGGCGUCAGGUAUCUCUCUCUCUCCUUUCUUCUCUUCUCCUUCAAACAAUUUUAGAGCCUCUGGUUUCCAGGGUAAAAUAAAGGUAA